ACACAGGAAACGGAAGUCAGAGACAGUUCUCCGUCUGAUGGAGGAAGCGGACGGACUAUUGUUUUUGUUUUCUACUGGAAAUCAACAAUAAAACGCGAAAAUGUCUACGAUAUAGCGUCGAUCCGCAGGGUAAUUCGAAACUGAACACAUUAUAUAUUUGUUUUAUUAAGUUGUUUUAUAUUUCGGUGCGAUUUGAGAAGGUUUUAAAUGUUUUUGUGUGUGUUGUGAAGGUGUAAAUGAUCAAAUCUGACUAAAACUGACAGAAGAGCUUCACUUACAGCAAACAGUGCCCGGCGGAGUUCAAACCCCAGUUCCGUCCACUCUCACUCCAGUGUAUUUGAGUUUUAGUGUUUUAAGCAAAGGUUUUCAGAGCUUUUAAGACCAUGUACGCCCCCCCGGGAACAGCUGCGCCUGGAAACCGGAGGAGGAGAGGUGGAACGUCUCUACCCAAACAACCAGAGCGGAGUUUAGCAUCCGCGCUGCCAGGGGCGCUUUCCAUCACCGCACUCUGUACAGCCCUGGCAGAACCAGCCUGGCUGCGCGUCCAUGGAGGAACCUGCCCCAGACAGGAGCUCGGUGUCGCUGACGUCCUGGGAUAUAUAGAUGACAAACUCAUUGAGGAUUACUGUAUCAACGCUCAGUCCAUCCUGCUCUUGCGGGUCAUUGCUGCGUUCUGUUUUUUGGGCAUUCUGUGCAGCCUCACGGCAUUUCUGUUGGAUGUCUUUGGACCCAAACACCCAGCCCUCAAGAUCACACGCAGAUAUGCUUUCGCCCACAUCCUCACAGUGCUCCAGUGCGCUACAGUGAUUGGCUUCUGCUACUGGGCCUCAGAACUGAUUCUGUCCCUGCAGCAGCAGCACAAGAAGUACCACGGCUCGCUCAUCUACGUCACUUUUGCCAUCAGCUUCUACCUGGUUGCCGGUGCAGGCGGAGCCUCCAUUUUAGCCACGGCUGCCAACCUGCUCCGUCAUUACCCCACCGAGGAGGAGGAGCAGGCCUUGGAGCUCCUCUCAGAGAUGGAGGAGAGCAGUGAAACAUACCCAGUUGACUACGACAUUGCCAAUCAAUUCCAGCCUCCACCGGCCUACACACCCUGAUCGCUAACCGCCGUCACCCCACAUGUUAUCAGCCCAGUGCCACACCUUUGGCCUUCAGAUAAAGCAACGAUGUUCAGAUUUUAGGUGCGCCAUCGAAAAUGAAUAUUUAUUCAGUAUUCCAGAUUGUGCAGAAAGCCCCACAUCCAUGCACACAUUUAAAUAAGCGUUUUAAUUUGGCAGACAGAUUAAGCCUUACGUACAUGGAAUAAAUCAAAGAGAAUAAUCAUGGCAUUGCUUUAAGAAUUCCAUUCGAAUUCAUCGUGCAGUAGUUUGCAUGUAUCUGGCAAUAAAACCCACACAGAUUAGAUUUUUUGGCACGAUUAAUUAUUGAUUAAAAACUUGAAGGGCAUCAUGCUUGUUGAAAAUGCAUUUACCGGCAGCCUCUUUGGCGUACUAAACUGUGGGGAAUUACUCCAAUAUUUUUCCAAAGGCAUCUUUUUGUAUUUCAUCAAAGGUUUAUCAUGUUUUCCAUUUGAAAUGUUGAGCUGCACUUUCGACUUUUGUUCCUAUUUUUCACUGGGUCACUUUCCUUUCAUUUUUAAUCAUGCUAUUAAAGUAUCCUUUUAUUUAUUUUAAUGAAUCAAUAGUUUACAGGUGCUGCCAUAUCUGCACACUUUCAGAUUCAUCCCAUUGCAUUAAAAAAAAAGGUUUUAAUCAGUUAUUGUAAUGUUACUUUAAUGCACAUAUAGCUGCAAAUACCCAAGAUGGAUAGACAAAUUAUUUAUUACCUGGUUGAAAUAGACUCUCAAAGAAAGUAGAAAGCGGAUAUUUUAUGUACCUGCAAUUUGGAGGCUUUCAGGUUUGCCAACUUCACAUUGUGAGUGUGUUGUCUAUUAAUUGGAUUUGUUUUGUUUUUUAGUGAAAUUAUGUUUGCUGUGUUUUGAUAGUAAUAGUGUGAGCUAUGAAUGAGACUUAACACAUUCGAUCAUGAUUGUAUCCACAGUUCACUUGGCUAGCUUUUGCUCUGGUCUGAUUAUUUUUGAUAAAAUCACUGCAUGACUGUAAUUGUUCAGGAUUUCACACAUGCUGUUCACUUUUGCAUAAAGUUCUGAUUGUUUUUCUAGUAAUCUGGUGGUUUUGUGUUCUUCUUUAUUUCACAUUUCCUUUCUGUGUUUCAUUUGAAAUACGUUUACUGA